GUUUUUGGCCGAUGGCCCAGUUGUGUUGAGUUCGAACCGUUCGGUUGUGUAUAAAAGUGAGUGCAGCGCGUUGGGCGACCGUCUUGUACACGGUAGUCAUCAUGGGCAAAGUACUGUUUGUGACGGCUCUGGCCCUGCUGCUGCACGCACAGCUUGGCUCGUCCUUCAUCCUGUCAUGCUACUUCACCAACUGGGCACAGUACAGACCACCUCCGACCAUUUUCAUGCCCAACGACAUCGACCCGUGCCUGUGCACCCACCUCCUGUACGCCUUCGCCACCAUCAAGGACAACCAGCUGGCCACGUACGAGUGGAACGAUGUGGAGCUGUACAGUCAGUUCAACGGCCUGAAGAACCAGAACGGAGACCUGAAGACGCUUCUGUCGGUCGGCGGAUGGAACUUUGGCUCCGCGGGAUUCUCACAAAUGGUGUCCAGCCCAUCCAACCGCCAGACGUUCAUCAGCUCCGUCAUUUCAUUCCUGAGGCAGUACGAGUUCGACGGGCUCGACAUCGACUGGGAGUAUCCAGCCAACAGAGGAAGCCCCCCGCAGGACAAACAGUACUACUCCGUGUUCCUGGAGGAGCUGAGAGCUGCCUUCGAGAACGAGGCCAAGCAGAGCAACAAGGCUCGUCUGCUGAUCUCUGCUGCCGUGUCGGCCGGAAAGGACACCAUCGAUUCUGCUUAUCAGAUUCCCAAACUUGGCCAGAGCCUGGAUAUGAUCAAUGUGAUGUCCUAUGAUUUCCACGGAUCUUGGGACCCCAUGACUGGUGACUGUAGCCCCCUGUUCAGAGGCCCCGAGGACCAGGGCGGCUUCAUCUACUUCAAUGUGGACUAUGCCAUGAACUACUGGAAGAGCCAGGGAGCCCCGGCAGAGAAGCUGAUUGUUGGUUUCCCCACAUACGGCAACACGUUCACUCUGAGGAACCCUGCGGACCACGGUGUCGGAGCCCCCAUCGCAGGUGCCGGAACUCCAGGGAAGUACACGCAGGAGGCCGGAGAGCUCGCUUACUUUGAGAUCUGCGGCUUCUUAAAAGAUGGAGCCACUGAGGUUUGGAACCAGGCCCAGGAUGUGCCAUAUGCCUACAAGGGAAACCAGUGGGUGGGCUAUGAUGACAUCAAGAGCUUCCAGAUCAAGGUUGACUGGCUGAAGAAGAGUAAUUUCGGCGGUGCCAUGGUGUGGACCAUCGACAUGGACGACUACUUGGGCACUUUCUGCAACCAGGGAAAAUACCCCAUGAUUAACGUUCUCAAAAAGGGCCUGAAUCUGGAACAAGCAGCCUGUGCCCCUCCUGCCACUCGCCUUCCCCCAAUCGCCGGAGUGAGCACAACCGCUGGAGGAAAGUCUGGAGGAGGAAGCUCUGGAGGAGGAAGCUCUGGAGGAGGAAGCUCUGGAGGAAGCAGCUCCUCCGGUGGCGACUCAGGCACCAGCGGCAUGAACAGCAGCUUCUGCGCUGGAAAGGCCAACGGCAUGUACCCAGACCCGACGAACAAGAACCAGUUCUACGAGUGCAGCGCCGGGAAAACCUACUUCCAGCGCUGUGCCGCCGGCCUGGUCUUCGACAGCUCCUGUUCCUGUUGCAACUGGUCCUGAGGCUGAAGUCACAGGUCGACCGGUUCACUGUUGGAACACUGCUCGGGUCCGUUCUACAUUUGUUCUCAGUCCGUUCACACGCUGGAUGUGAAACGCUGUCGUUCCUGAACAGUUCAUAUCAAAAAGCAAAGACAAAUAAACAUAUUUGUGUGUCCA